UCAAGGGUCAACAACUAGUGUCGAAAGUAACACGUGAAAAGUCGAAAAAAAGCAUAAGAAACAUGAGAAGCUUCCUUGUCCUUUGUUUGCUGGCUACAGCUUUUGCCGAUGAACUAGGCUACAACUACCAACCAGUGACGCAUUCUGCAGAGGGCUUAUCCUUCACACCAGGUUCCCUUCGUAUUGCAGCUCACCAUGGUGUAUCGCCAGAGAAAUUAGCUCCAGUCGCUCAUACUCCAGUUGCUUCUGCACCAGCUGUUCCUGCACCAGUGGUUCCUGCUCCCGUUGCUCCUGUCCCAGUUGCUCUUGCUCCAGUGGGUCCUGCUCCAAACACUCUUGCUCCAGUUGCUCACGCUCCGGUUGCUCCUCUCCCAGUUGCUUCUGCUCCAGCACAAGUUGCUCCAGCUCCAGCUCCCGUUGCCCCUGCCCCAGUCAAUGUAGAAUAUGAGAAAGAGUUCUAUACUUAUACGGCGCCACAAGAAGAAACUAACGAUGCUGCCAAUAUCGGAAAUAUUGACAAUUCAUUGAAGAAAAAUCUGCGUGUUAUCUUCAUCAGAGCGCCAGAGAAUAAGGCUCUCGAGAACGCUGCUUUUAAUCUGGCGAAACAAACGACUGAAGAGAAAACUGCCAUCUAUGUGCUCACCAAACAGGCUGACAUUGGAAGCUUGGCGCAAAAAUUGCAAAAUAUCGGAACACAAUCCAGCGCCAAACCAGAAGUACACUUCGUGAAGUAUCGUACGCCACAAGAUGCUGAAAAUGCGCAACAAGCUAUACAGCAACAGUAUGAAAGUCUACCUGGCUCAUCACGCCAUUCCAACGGGGGUUCUGCACAGGUACUGAACUUUGCUUCGCCAACGCCGGCUACAGCUGCCGCUGCACCAGCACCAGCUGCACCUAGCUCCCAGUAUCUACCAGCUAACGCUGUGCCUUCGCAACUAAAUACCGUCUAACGUUGCAUUUU